UCCGUAUCUCAUAUAUUCAGCUGCAGAGUAAGGAACUAAGCUGGAAUCUGUAGAAGCCUCCCCUAGUAAACAUAUCAUUUCAGAUCAUAAUCAGUCGAAUUGGCUAAAUUACAUUAGCCUUUAACUUGUUUAAGAAGAUUGUUGAUGACGCUGGUUGGAGUCGAUGAAUUUUAGGAGAUCAUAACCUAUAAGAAGACUUUUGACUUGAAUGCUCAAAGUUAGGUAAUUCGUCGAGGAGAGUUUGGUUACUCCGGCCAUGUUCACCACAGCAUCUUGGGAUUGAUGGUGAUAUCAGUUGUUUGUUUGCCAUCGCAAAGAGAAAUAGAAACCUUAUGUUUGAAAAAAAAUGGUUACCAUAGUCUUAGGGCAUAGGGCAAUCAUACCUUAUAAAAAGGGAAUUAGAUGGUAACUAUUUUUUAUAUGGUGUGAGUGCCCUAAUGCCCUAAGACUGUGGUAACCAGUUUUUAUCUUAACCAAAAAAUGAUAAUGUAUUUCUUUCAUCUUAACCAAGUACGUUACAAGGCUUUAUAUACAUAAUAACAGAAGAAUUUAGAGAGGAGAUAUUCUAGGAAUAUAUUGUAGAGAUAACAACAAGAAACAUAUGUACCCUAAGAUAUGUGAUAUCUAUAAACUUAGAUAACUUCUAUCUCUUUCUCUUCUCCAAGAACGCCAAUAUAGAUAUCUUAGAGAGAUUUCCAGACCUGUGAAAGUUUCAGAAAAUGGCAGGUCUUCCUUUUCCUGGCGGUUCUAAAACCGAGAAAAUCCAUGCACAAUUUUAUGACAUAGUUGAGGAAUGCAUUGAAGACAACAUGAGCAAGGAUGAAACUGUGAGACAUCUAUGGGAUAAAUAUCUAAUCCCACAUGAAUAUACCAACAGAGUUUGGAAUCAUCUUGAAAGGACGAAUCCAGAUAGCAUACUAUGCAAUGAUCCGUUUGCGCAAUGCACAACUGCCCAAGAAUCUGCUGCUUAUGCUAAUGUUCUAGAGAACCAAAGCCUUCAAGCCUCUCAGCAGCCAGCUUAUCCGAACGACUUUUGGCAGCGGUUUAUGAAUACCUUGGGCCAGAUUCAGAGUAAUACACAGCAUUUGGAUACUUUGGGUCACAUUCAGAGUAAUACAGAGCAGGUCGUCAAACUACUGACCGAUGGACAUGUAUUUGGACCACAUCCUUCGGCUGCGGAUUCCUCCAAGAGGCAGCGAGCUGAAGAGGCAGAAGAGAGAUGUAACAGUGAAGCAGCAGCGAAGCUGCAUGAGAACGAGGAAGGUGAUGAAGAAAAACCAGAGAAACUGCACGAGAAAGAGAGGCCACAAUGAAGAAAGAGAGAAGCUGCAACUUCCACAAUAAACUCAUGGACAGUCUCGACAUCCAUGAUUGAGAGAGAGAGUUGCGAAUUUUUUUAUUGUCAUUUUUAUACAAUACUACUAGCUACGCUGUUAUAGAGAAACAUUGAGGAGAAAUUUAUCUUAUUUCUGGCUAGGCACAAUUGUUUGUGAUGCUUAUUCAUAUAACAAGAAAACCAAAAGAGAAAUGCAGAAAUAAAAAAAGAAUGAUGUAAUGAGAAGAAAGCAUAAGGCUGAGGAACUUGUUCAGCUAGGACUUCUUUUUCGCAGGAGUUUCUUCCAGAUUUCUGUAAUGCUCUGACUGCCCAAGGUUAAUGGGUUACCCACACCCGCUCACUCGGUCUGUGAGUCCCAUCCCGUUCCAACGGUCAGUGUAUUAAUUUUCCAAAGGCCGAAAGUCUUGUUUACUAACCCUGCAAUCACCACAUGACUUUUCCCCGUGCUUUGGUCUCACUCACACGCUAUCGCGAAUCACUUUCCAAUAGUUCAACCAUCCUUUCAUUACUCCAACCUAAACAUGCUUAACUAUGGAGUUCUAAACGGAUGUGCGACGGAAAAGGUAAGUCAACUUUGGUGACAUAGGUAGCCAAAUCAAUUUAUUUAGGCAUUUCCACAUAUACCAAAAAUCGGGAUGUUGCAAUUCACCUCCACUCACAAACCGCAAAGUCCCCGUUGCGCACCAUGACAUGUCCU